UUUCUCGGUCUCCCCGGGCAGCUCAACACGUCGCAGGCCGCGGGCCACGCCUGCCUGCCGCGGGGACUGUAGCAGCUCGGCUGUGGCCUGGGGUCUCCGCCCAUCCUCUACGCCCGAGUCAGCCCAGCGCACCAACGCUCACGCCCCAGGACGGCGCUGCACACUCGCUUUCCUAGCGGCAGGAGCGCACCUCCGGGAUUCCGCCACAGGCAUUUUGUCCGGAGCUGGCUGCCGCCCCGUAGCGUGGUACCGAAGUCUCGGCAGAACCAUGGCCGAAUACUCCUAUGUGAAGUCUACCAAACUUGUGCUCAAGGGAACCAAGGCCAAGAGUAAAAAGAAAAAGAACAAAGAGAAGAAGAGAAAACGAGAGGAGGAUGAAGAAACCCAACUUGAUAUUGUUGGAAUCUGGUGGACUGUAUCCAGCUUUGGUGAAAUUUCAGGAACCAUUGCCAUUGAGAUGGAUAAAGGAACCUAUAUCCAUGCACUUGACAAUGGUCUCUUUACACUGGGAGCACCACAUAAGGAAGUCAAUGAGGGUCCAAGUCCUCCAGAGCAGUUUACUGCUGUCAAGCUGUCUGAUUCCAGAAUUGCCUUGAAAUCUGGCUAUGGAAAAUACCUUGGUAUAAAUUCAGAUGGACUCGUUGUUGGGCGUUCGGAUGCAAUCGGGCCAAGAGAACAGUGGGAACCAGUAUUUCAAGAUGGGAAGAUGGCUUUAUUGGCCUCAAAUAGCUGCUUUAUUAGAUGUAAUGAAGCAGGAGAUAUAGAAGCAAAGAGUAAGACAGCAGGAGAAGAGGAAAUGAUAAAGAUUAGGUCCUGUGCUGAAAGAGAAACCAAGAAAAAAGAUGACAUCCCAGAAGAAGACAAAGGAAAUGUGAAGCAGUGUGAAAUCAAUUAUGUAAAGAAAUUUCAGAGCUUCCAAGACCACAAACUUAAAAUAAGUAAAGAAGACAGUAAAAUUCUUAAAAAGGCUCGAAAAGAUGGAUUUUUGCAUGAGACACUUCUGGACAGGAGAGCCAAAUUGAAAGCUGAUAGAUACUGCAAAUGACUGAGAUUUCUAUUUCUGUCCCCCUUUGUUUUUUCUGAAUAAAACUAUUCAGUACAA